UUGUCCAUAACCUCAUUUUAGAUUUAGGUCGAUAGUCUGCAAUGUAAAGUGUAAAAUAGGAGAAAAAUUUUUUUUUGCUAAAUUUGGAUAUAGCCGGUUUUGCACGCAAGCUCCUCAUAUGAUCUUUGGUUAUAAUAAAAAGUAGGACAGGCGGACCAAUCUAUGAAAGAAACCACCAUGUAUGAAAAUUGUUGUUUGGUGAAAUCGCCUUUUGAAAUUAUUUGAAGUUUUUAAUCGGUUUUAUCUUUUUAACUUUGUACAUACCUAUGUAGUUUUUAUUAUAGGUAUUUUUAUUUUGGGGUAUUCCUGCUGAUUUGCUGUUUGGUUAUUUGGUAGAAAUAUAUGUGAUUUGUGGCUGUUUGGUUAUUCCCCUGUCUCCAUGAGUUGCUGUGGCUUUUAUCUUAAUGGAAUUAGAAUUAAUAUAGACAUGUUUACUUACUUUACAGAAAAGAGUCUAUUGUUAAAUGUAAGAUGGUCUCUAUAAUAGUGUAGUUAGCUUUGUUAGUGUUAAAGAAUAGAGCAAUUCCUCUUGAGAAAUUAAAUAUACUAUUAAAAUGGAAAAUACGCUUACGAUAGAUGCUUUAAUAGAAGAGUCAGAUCCAUCGUGGAGCAAUAGGCCGAUGCAACAGCCAACAAUAACACUAAAAAAUGUUUCUGAUGCAGAAAAGUAUUUAGAUAUGAUGGAAAAAGUGUCUCUAGUGUAUUUGCUUUAUGAUGAUAUCGAAAUUGCACUUCAGCACUUAAUUCAACUGCAGCGUGGUGCAAUUUUUGAAGUGAUUGUAGAGUGGGUCAGACAUGCAGAAAAAACAGGUCGCCAAUGGCAAACAAAAUUAAUCGAAGCAUUGACAAUAAUUCAAAACUUCCAUUUGAUAUAUAAAUUAGGUUACAACAGGAAAGAAGUUUGUGAACGAUUUCUCCCAUCAAAUUCAGAAACAUCUCUGUUUGUUGAUCUUUAUAAAAAAAAGCUGUACUGCAUUUGUGAAAAGAUGACCAACGCACAAAUGGAAACAUUUUUGGGACACGUGCAAAAAGACUUUAACACCAAAAAGUUAAAAUACAUGAAUUUUCCAGUACCAUACAUGGAAAUGUAUCUGUUACAUUGGAUAUCGUCUAAAUAUAUAUCACCUACCGAUCUUAGUAAUUUAACCAAGGUGUUUAAAGUGAUGGAAAUGUAUGAUGCAUGUGAGAGUCUAAAAAUCAAACUACCAUCUCCAGCUGAUGUAAGUGACAGAUACAACAAUAACAAAGACGAACCUUAUUCGAGCAUAAGUUCUGCAACAUCGUCUGCUUCGUUCUACCAAGAUCGCACAUGGAGUUCUAAUUAUGAAAAUAAUCGUUAUUUUAUUGACUCAAGAUGGCCGGGGAUAUGUCUGAUCAUUAAUCAAGAAUCUUUCUACACUGAACCAGACCCGUCACUUGCUCAUCUUUUACCUAAUGUAUCCCUUCAGUUGGAUAGAAGGGAAGGUACUAUAUUCGAUCGUGAGGAAUUAAGGAAAACGUUUGAACAAUUGGGUUACACAGUUGAAAUUGAAAAUAACUUAACCCAUGAUGAAAUUUUAAGGGCCAUUACUGAUACUGCAAAUAAAAUUAGGAAGCACUCUAGUCUAAUUAUAUGUAUUUUAUCGCAUGGACUUGAAGGAAGAGUCUUUGGUGUCAAUAGUAUUUCCGUUAAUAUAUCCCAAAUACGUGACACUGUCUGUUCGGUAAAUACUACUCAUCUGAGAAAUAAACCUAAAAUAUUGAUUUUACAAUCGUGUCAAGGAACGGAAUGUCAAACAGUAUCCGAUGACGAAGACGAUGACAAUCCUGUUGGAACACCUAACAAAACAGUUUUAAAUUCAUUUAAUAAUCAGCAUAAAGAAUCAAAUGUCCAAACCGACAGCGAGAGUAAUUUACAAAUGGAUGGAGGUUCACGGCCAAAACUUGCAGAUGUUCUGCUGUUUUGGGCUACUGUACCUGGGUUUGGUGCUGUACGUGAUAAAGCAAAAGGAUCAUGGUUUAUUCAGUCGUUAUGCAAGCACAUUCAAGAGAAGGCUCUUGAAAUGCAUUUUGAGGAUAUUUGCACACUAGUAAAACAAGAGGUGAUCGACAAAAGAUGGAAGACAAAGAAAAUGUCUCGAGCUAUGGUCCCAAACAAAGAAUCGACCCUUUCACGAUUUUUCUUUUUACACUCUUAGUGCUCCUCAAAUAUAAAGUUCAUUUGCACGAAACGAAAAGCUAAUAAGUACUUAUAAAGUAUAUUCAUUCAUAAGUUCCAUUCCAUAGUCUAACCAUGUCUGCUAAUCAGCAUGAAACUUGAAAUAACUAUCUGUGAUGUCACUUGUGAGAUAGAUUUCAUAAAUAAUAGAUAUAGGUACCUAAUUAUGUAUUAAUGUGCAUUAAUGUGUUAACUAUCUAGAAAGAACCUUCCAAAAUGAAUCACAAAAUUGUUACUUUUUGAGUAAAUGACUACCAAAUAAAUUUUCAAUGAGGAAGCAAGCCGAAAUAUGCAAUAACUUUGUUUUAUGUAGUAUUUUUCAUUUUAAUAAAAAAACAGAACAUUUUAUG